AGCUAUCAAGUAUUCUAUAUUUGUCAAAUAUUACAACCAUUCAAGAAAACAAGAUGUCUAGUGACGAAGAAGACACAGUUGAUAUUUGGUCGUCUUUAGUAGCGAACAAUGGCGUGAAUGGAUCAUCAGAUGAGGAUUCUGAUGACAGCGGAAGCGACAAUGAAACAGGAGCUAUUCAAGAUGAAAUAAUUUCGUCCGAUGAAGAGGAUGAAGACGAAGAAAGUAAAAAGCCGAAAAAGAAGCAAAAGACGGGUGUUAAAAAAGCUGCUGAUAAGCUUGAUUUCCCGUUAUUGGAAAUUGAAGAUGAUGGUAAUGAUAAAUCUGCUGCCAAUGCGCAUGAAGAAGAUAUGUACUUUAUUAAUCAAGAACAAGCACAACAAGGUAAAGCCAAGAAUAAAGGAUCCUUUGCAUCUUUUGGACUGUCUAAAGUUGUUAUUUCAAAUAUCGGGAAAAAGGGAUAUAGGCAACCUACUCCAAUUCAGAGAAAAACAAUUCCAUUAAUCAUGCAAAACCGUGAUGUGGUGGGUAUGGCUAGAACUGGUAGUGGUAAGACUGCUGCUUUCCUAUUGCCAUUGAUCGAAAGGUUGAAGACACACAGUGCCAAAAUCGGUAUUCGUGCUAUCAUUCUAUCGCCUUCAAGAGAGUUGGCCAGUCAAACACACAAGCAGUUUAAAGAGUUCAGUAAGGGAACGGACUUGAGAAGUUUGUUGCUCAUUGGUGGUGACUCCCUUGAAAAUCAGUUUGGAGCUAUGGUGAACAAUCCUGAUGUUGUUAUUGCCACACCGGGUCGUUUCUUGCACUUGAAGGUCGAAAUGAGAUUGGAUCUAUCGAGUAUUGAAUUCAUGAUUUACGACGAAGCUGAUAGAUUGUUUGAAAUGGGAUUUGCCGAACAGUUGAAUGAGUUGUUGGCAAGUUUACCUGAAAAGAGACAGAGUAUGUUGUUUUCGGCUACACUACCAAGAAACUUGAUCGACUUUGCGAAGGCUGGGUUGGUCAAUCCUGUGCUAGUGAGGUUAGAUGCAGAGACGAAGAUCAGUGAAAAUUUGGAGAUGUGUUUUUUCAGCGUAAAGAAGAAUGAGAGGGAGGCCAAUUUGUUGUCGAUUUUACAAGAUGUUAUCAAGAUGCCAUCUGCAACCAAGGAACAGUUGGAGAAGUUGACGGAUGCAAACGAUAGAUUUAACGAUUCGGACAGUGAUAGUGAGAAUGAAAACAAUGUGAAAAACAGGAAGAGAAAGGCUCCCAAGAAGAAGGUCAAGAUGCCGAAGGCCAACGAAUUACCAACUGAGCAUUCCACGAUUGUUUUCGUUCCUACGCGUCAUCAUGUGGAGUACAUCACCAACAUAUUGAAAGCAGCAAAUUAUGCGGUGUCCUAUAUCUAUGGGUCUCUUGACCAGCAUGCCAGAAGACAGCAGCUACAGAAUUUCCGCAUGGGAUUAAGUUCUGUGAUGGUUGUCACUGACGUUGCUGCGAGAGGUAUCGAUAUUCCUGUGCUUGCUAAUGUGAUCAACUACUCGUUGCCAUCAUCUUCUAAAAUUUUCAUUCACCGUGUGGGUAGAACUGCAAGAGCCGGUAAUAAAGGUUGGGCAUACUCUAUUGUGAGUGAGCAGGAACUUCCAUAUUUAUUGGACUUGGAGAUUUUCUUGGGACGUAAGAUUCUGUUGACCAAGAUGCAAGAUAAGAAGGUGGAGCUUUUGCAGAAGAGGUACGAGGAACAGCACGGAAGCUUACAAGGAUUUGAAGGGCCAAAGGUCUCUUAUACUAAGAGAAUGGUCUUGGGCAGUAUUCCUAGGCUCCUGGUCGAGACUAUGGAAGACUUGUACGAGACGAUUUUGAGACACAACUUUGACAUCCGGACUAUCAGAGCUGUUUGUGAGAAGGCUGAAAAGUUGUACAUGAGAUCGAGGCAGCCUGCAUCACAGGAGUCAAUGCGUAGAUCGAAGGAAUUGGUGAGUGUUGGCUGGGACGAGCAGAACCUUGUGUUCGGGAAGAACCUCGAGACGGAGAAGAACGACUUCUUGGCGAAGUUGCAGAACCGGAUAAACAAGGAGACUGUGUUUGAGUUCGGCAAAAGGGACGACGGUCUCAUCGAUUUGAUGAACAAGAGACGGAAGCAGAUUGCUCCUGCGCAGGCGAAGCAGAAGGAGAGAAGAGCUUUGUUGGAGAAAGAGAGAAUGCUUGGUCUUUCGCACACGUUGGAAGACGAGAUGUUGAAGGGGGACAAUGGCGACAACGAGGAGGUUGGGUUUGCCGUGAACGAGGAGGAGUUGCUGAGAGACUUCGAGGACGGAGACGAGGUGUUGAGCGGGGCGGGCAAGCGCAAGAGUUACAAGGACCCGAACUUCUACAUGUCGUACUACGCGCCACGGAAUGUGAUCCAGGACCAGCAGCUGGCGAUCGACAACAACGGCGGGCACGGGAACUUCGUGGCGGAGGCCAGCAAGGCGGCCUUCGACAUCGAUGCCGAGGACGACAAGGUGCAGAUGCAGAGACAGGGUCCCCGGGUUGUGUGGGAGAAAAACAAGUUUGUGCGCAAGCAGGACGACCGCAAGUUCAUCAUCAGCGAGAGCGGCCAGCGCAUCCCUGCGAGCUUCCGGUCCGGCAAGUACGAGGAGUGGAAGGAGAAGAACCGCGUGGGCAGCUACAAGGUGGGCGGCGCUGAGAAGAGCGAUGGCGCCGGCGCUGCCUUCGACAGCAAGUUGAACGGCAGCCGCAUCGGCGGCCGGUUCAAGCAUCACGGCGAGAAGGCGCCUAAGCUGCCCCGCAAGGGCCGUGACGACUACGACCGCCAGAUGGACAAGGUCAAGAAGGCCGUUGAGAAAGGAGUUAAGGUCCGCGGCUACGUCGGCAAGGGCGCCGGUCGCAACGAGAUCCGCGACAGCGAAACCAUCCGCAAGCAGCGGGAGCAGAAGGACAGACGCCGUGAGAAGAACUCCCGCCCGACCCACAAGAGGCGCAAAUAACCGCCCUACCUGUGCACUUUUGUAUAGAAUAAAAACAAUAACACCAGAACCCUGUACUACAUGCCCACCUGUGAGGCCAGUCUUCCGCGGCCCUAACUCCUUCUCCGCGCCUCCAA